AUGUUUUCUCGAUUCGGGAUCGAAUUUCUUGUCGCAUUACUGCAAUUUUUUGGCUCAACUCUUGGUGAUUUCGAUGUGCAUCUCGCGAGAAGAGCUCUCGAUUUUGCGGCCGCCUCCUACUCGGAAGACCCAUGGAAAUGCGUUGGGAAAUACAAUGGAACGGUGAUGUUUCGGACAGCAAUUCCGUGUGAUUGGUUGAAAGAUGAGUGUUGGGCCAUUGUCACGAACGAUACGGAAUGGGUGACUGUCGCUUUCAGUGGCACUCGAUCUCGCUGGCAACUUUUUCUGGAACUCUUCGAAACGAUGGGCGAACCAAAGAAAAAGUUGAGAUGUGGUGGAUCAGUUCAACACUAUUUCUUCAUCGCUUUGCAAUCGAUUUGGCCGUCGAUGGAGCACGCUUUAAGGAAAAUUCUCAAGACAAGAACGAGUCGAAAUGUCCUCUUUACGGGCCAUUCUCUUGGUGGAGCUUUGACGGCGAUAGCUUCGACCACUUUCGCUUUCCGACACCCGAGUGUCAAUGUGUCGAUGUACACAUUUGGUGAACCUCGAGUGGGAAAUGCCGAAUUCGCGGCAGCUCACGAUCGCUUAGUGGAAGAAUCGUGGAGAGUCGUGCAUCGUCGAGAUCUCGUUGCUCAUAUUCCGUACUGUUACGAGCAUCUGUGGUCUCGUUCUUGUGGUCAACUCGCAAAUCAUGGACCAUGGCAUCAUGGAACUGAGGUGUGGUUCCCGGGGAAUAUGACAAAUGGAGGUUUGUAUCGGAUUUGUCGAGGAACUCCGCUGAAUGAAGAUGAUACAUGCAGCAACUCGGCCUAUCUUCGCUUCAAUAUUGAUGAUCAUCGAUAUUAUUUCGAAAAAGAGGUCAGCACACACGGAGAUCUUGGAUGUCCCGAA